CGCAGGCGCUCUGUCAACUGGAGUCUAGCUGCGCGUACCGGCGUACACAGUUACCUUUUGCAUGUGAACCGAGAGAAUAUAAAAGUAGAGACAAGGUCACCUUGACUGACAGAACCUCUACGAGGCUUGACCGUGCCGGUUGUGAAUUCAGAGAAGGGAAUACAACAAUAAAUAAAAAUGAGUACCUUAAAAGAGAAAUUACUGAGUGUUGUGACGGAGCCAGUGACUACAGGCAAGAAUAAAAUUACUGUAGUGGGGGUUGGACAAGUUGGGAUGGCCUGUGCCUUCAGCAUUCUAACAAACAAUGUUUCCCACGAAGUUGUUCUCAUCGAUGUUAUGGCGGAUAAAUUGAAGGGCGAGAUGAUGGAUCUCCAACAUGGUAGCUCCUUCUUGAAAAACGCACAUAUCAACGCUAGCACAGAUUACGCAGCUACAGCAAACUCAAGUUUAUGCAUUAUAACUGCUGGUGCACGUCAGCGUGAGGGCGAAACCCGAAUUGAUUUGGUGCAGCGAAAUACAGACAUAUUUAAAGGAAUAAUUCCACAACUGGUGAAGUACAGUCCCAAUUGCAUUCUCCUGGUUGUAUCAAAUCCAGUCGACAUUUUGACGUACGUCACGUGGAAAUUGUCUGGCUUUCCAAAAAAUCGUGUCAUCGGAAGUGGAACGAAUCUUGAUUCGGCGAGAUUUAGAUUUUUGCUCUCUCAAAAAUUGGGGGUUGCCCCCACUUCCUGCCAUGGAUGGGUUAUUGGAGAGCACGGAGAUACAAGUGUUCCUGUCUGGUCUGGUGUGAAUGUUGCUGGGGUCCGUCUACGAGAUCUGGACGAAACCGUCGGAACUGACAAGGACCCAGAGAAUUAUGGCGAUAUUCACAAACAGGUGGUGCAGAGCGCCUACGAAGUGAUUAAACUAAAGGGAUAUACAUCCUGGGCCAUUGGGUUAAGUAUCGCGAAUCUUGCGUCAGCCAUUCUCAGAAAUUCUGGACAGGUUCAUGCUGUAUCUACAAUAUCCACAGGUCUGCACGGUAUUUCGGAGCAAGUCUUCCUCUCCGUUCCAUGUGUUCUCGGUGAGACCGGUGUUCAAUCAAUUGUUCAACAGAAACUCACCGUUCAGGAGCAGAAUCUCCUCCAAAAAUCAGCAAAGGCGAUGCACGAGGUUCAGACAAGCCUCAAAUUUUGAUUUAAAAUAAUUUAUUAAUAGUUGAAAAUUAUUGCAUUUCAAUUUUCUUGGUGAAAUGCCGUCACUCCGUCAGUAUUUUCUGUCAUUUACAUUUUUCAAAGGAUAACCUUUUUGUAUUGUGUGUGAAUUUUUUCCUUUGAGAGUUCUCAGAUGAAUGUUGAUAUUUAACUGUCAUGCAUGUUUUUUUUUCAAUUUUCUUCGGUAAUAAAAUAAAUCAUUUGGAUGUAUUACUGUGCAUGGAGGAAGAACAACGAUCAUCUCCAUGCACUCGAUGUAACUUAUACAAUACACGUAUUCAUAAAUACUGAUUAAUUAUA